AUGACCAGUAUUUGGGGUUCCUUUGAUCAUCCUCUUAGGGAUAGCGCUAAAUUGGACUUGGACGCAGAUCUGGAUGUCAACUUGCGUUUUGCAAGGCUAGGAUUGUCUGCGAUGGAAAUAACUCCUUCGGUAUCUGAAACAUCCACGGUGAUAUCACCUACCGCCUCGUCUGGUAACUUGCUUUCCGACGUUAGUAAAGGACGUGAGCGUGGCGGCUCAGCAAACUCAACAUACACCUCAUCGUCAGCCAAUUCCACACCAGGUCUCGCUCAAAAUAUUUCCUUGCCUGACGAUCCUGACACACAGCAGAUUGCCCUAGACAUGUUGGAUCUGAUCCCGAAUCUCUGGGCUGAUAAAUCCACAGACACAUUAGAAUGUUCAUCAUUUAGUGCUUUCGAUUCUGGCAGAAUUCCCUUUUCAAGUCAGUGUACCUCAAGCUUUGCAACCGCACACAAUGGUCAUAAUUCGCCUCGGCUCAAUCAAUCGUCAAAAGCUAUUCCAGCAGCUUUCAAUAAUUCAGAGAGUUCUCCCUUUAAUCCCUUCCAACAGCUUCAUCACAAUUCCUCGCCGUUUUCCUUUGCACAAAACCCCAACUCUUUCAAUGAUUCUUCUCGAAUUCCAAUGGACGGACCCGCUCAUUCCACCCCUCAGUUUCACUUUUCGCCACAUAUCACAAUUCAGAAUACGGUGGAGACAACAAGCCUCGCUCAUGGUGUUAGCACACAAUCGGCCUACCCUCUUACUGAAGAAAACCUCCUGCUCUUGAAUCCCUCUAAACGACUGCAUCAGGGAAAGCACUUGAAUGUUGCGGUGAUUCCCACUAAGAUGGAUCAAGAUAAUACCGCCUAUCUAAUUGUUCCUGCAAAUCCAGCUGUGAAUGAGAGUGAUGUAUCCAAAUCUUCAAGAGCUGAAGGUGCUCCUAACACAAAACGGAAGGAUACCCAGAAAGCUUUUCCACAAAGCACUUCAAAUUCGUCACACGGCAACAAGUCUCAUAAAACAUUCUCUUCCUCUAGCGCAAAAAGCAAGGGAAAUGUUGACAGGGAUCUUUACAAAACCGAAAUGUGCACACAAUUUCAGGAAAAAGGAAGCUGCCCUUAUGGAGCUAAAUGCCAAUUUGCACACGGAACGGAAGAACUGAAGAAGGUCAAAAGAGCAGACAAUUGGAAAACAAAAUUAUGUGCCAAUUGGCUCAAAUCAGGAUCAUGUCGGUACGGUAAGAGAUGUUGUUUUAAACAUGGUGAGAACGAUAGAGGGAACUCGUGA